AUGGAAGAAUUAAAUAAAUACAAAAGAGAUCUUGAAAAUAUUAGCACCAAAUAUAUUCUCUUAGAAAAGGAAAAUAAAGAAUUAAGAGAAAAGAAUGAUGAAUUAAAUAGAAAAUUAACAAUUCAAUUAAAUAAUAAUGCGGUUUUAGAAGAGAAAUUAGGUGUUCAAAAUAGAAAUAAUGAAAUUUAUAUCACCGUACCAAGAAAGAUUCAAGGAGAAGAAGGUUUAAUGAGAAAAUAUACAGCAUAUGUUAUUGAAGUUGAAGGUAGUGAAAAUAAGAGAUAUCAAGUUACAAGAAGAUAUAAACAAUUUGUAUUACUUCACACACAAUUGGUUAGAGUAUUUGGAGAACAUGAUUUACCAUCUUUACCAGCAAAAGCAAAUGGUCUCUAUUUUUCAAAAGACGAUCAUACUGAAAAACGUAGAGUUAAUUUACAAGAAUAUCUUCAAAAUUUAGCAAAGAAUCCAGCAAUCUUAAAUUCACCAGUUUUCUAUCAUUUCCUUAAAAGAGACGAAGGUCAAAACAUUGACCAUGUCCCAAGUUCAACUCCAUCUCAUUGA